AUGGAGAACCAGUCAGCUCAGCCUCAGCAUGGUAUGGCCGAUCAAGGGUUUCGCCCGCUCACUACUACUCCACUGAGUUCUUCAGUUCACGCUGCACCAGUUAUGAUGCAGAUCCGGGCACCAAUUCAGAUGCCGGUUUUGCCAUCUAAUUCAGCAGACGAUGGGUACAUCUGGAAGAAUUUGGGUCUGCAGGAGAUUGCGGGUUCAGGCCGAUUGAUGAUCUGCUACGAAUGCUCGCAGGCAAACUGCACGGUCAAGAAAGCGGUGACACUAUCUGCAGAUAAUCAGAUUUUGGAGACAGUUUUCAGGGGUAGUCACAACCACCCCUGUCCAUCUGAAAUGUGCCCCAGAGAUGUUCCAACAGGACACAUACCAGACUCUCAACACUACUCCUAUGUGCCAUCUGAGAUGUACGUACCAGCAGGGACUUCAAUUCCUCAGACUGAGGAGGGAGGUGAACAAGAACAACUUGGCAGUUCUAGCGACAGCGACGAAGAGGAUGGUAGCGCACAAAGAGACCAUGGCCAUGUUGCCAGUGCCAGCGUAACAGAAAGGUUCUGA